AUGAGACUGCUUCCUCCCCCGGUUCUUCCCGAUGCUGCGGCUUCCUCCUCCGCCGCCUUCCCCUUCAUCCACUCUCUCCACAUCAUCGGAAGCCUCAUCACCUUCAAGCUGGAUGUCCAGUCCGGCAGUUACUCCAAGUGGCGUAAGCUCUGGCACUGCGUUCUCACCUUGUACGCCUUCCAACACCACAUCACCCACUACUCCAACCCAGACCAGCAGUCUCCCGCAUGGCGCCAUACUGGUCUCACCCUUGUCCUGCUGCUCUACUCCACCAUCACCGACGGUCUCUACGAGGUCAUCCGUGGCGAGGCGAACACCGCCUUCGUCGCCUGGGACAAGCUCCAAGAGUUCUUCCUCGCGAACCAGCCCGCUCAGGCGGUCCACCUCUCCGCCGAGUUUCGCGCCCUCACCAAAGGCGACCUACGCAUGGCGAAGUACUGCGCUCGCCUCAAGGCAUUGGCCGACACCCUCGCGGACGUUGAGGAGCCCGUCACCGACCAGACACUGACGUUGCAGCUGCUACGAGGGCUGUCCCGCCCGUACCAGUUGAUCGCCACUGUCUUGCCCAUGCAGAACCCCUUCCUGUCUGUUGAACGUGAUGUAUUUGUACUUCUAAUCCUAUCUUCUCUAGCCUUGUAUAGUUGA